GCCCUUUAAAGUCUUGUCCGUCAGCGACACACAAAUCUUUCCACACGGCCAAUAAAGGAGCGUUUCACAGAACAGCAAACGUGAAGAACUCAUCAAGUCUGUUUGUUCUGGCAGAGAUUUAACGACGAGCUCCAGCAGAUUCGGGUGAUGGGUGUGAAGAUGCUGCAGUGCUUCCCCUUCUACAGGUGCUGCAAAGAGCGCUGCAAAGGCCGACAGUGCCCCCCGGUGGCAGAGCCCCUGGAACAGAUGAAGCCUCAUCUGUCCCCCACUGUGUCCUGGAGCAGUGACAGUGAGGGAUCAGUCAGUCGGGACUCCCAGAUCUAUUUCUCCUCCAAGGCCAGACUGUCCUUCAGACACCAGCUGGACAGCAACAUCAACGCAGUGGACGCCACCGACUGAGGACGCCACACGGGUUCAGGCCUGAGACUGUCAGCAGACACAAACAUUUGGACACGUGAUCAUCUCCAGUUUGACUCAACAUCAAACAGGCGGGAAAACUUCAAACCGCCGGAAACCUGAAGAGACGACAAACAGACUCCUUUACAACUUUCACUAUCAGCAAGUGCAUUAUUCUUAUUUUAUCUUCAUUUGUUGUGUGCGUGUUCUUUCAACAACAACAAAAAAUUGUUGUGUUUGGAAUUGUUUCAAAAUUUACUGGAAUAUUGUCUAUGUUUAAAUGACCUUUUCAACGCAGACACCAGAUGAACCGUUUUCCGCCACCUGAGUACGCGUGGGCUCCACUGCUGAUGCCACGCCCUUUUAUUGCCACGUUGUCAUAGCAACCUACAUGGUGGAGCAGCACUUGAUAUGAUGUUGACCAUGUGACUGCUCUCAGAACUUCACCUUAACCACAUUCAGGGGAAUAACCAGUAAGAGAAAGAUGGUGGUGGUGUUCCGAUGUUCAUUUGUCAUUUUAACCUUUAGAAAUGUAGGUGGCGCUACAUCGCUUUAAUCUGUUUUUAACACUUUAAAUUUAUUUUUUUAACUGUACAUUUUAACAGUGGGUGGCGUUCUGGAUUUGUCUAAAAUGAACAGAAUGUUGAGCACUGAUCCUUUCUGUGUGAAAUCCUGUCAAAAUUGAAUAUGAGUUAAUAUGAGUAUGUUAAAAGAAAAACAAAAUUAAAAGUUACUUAAAACAAC